CUCUGGGGCGGCGGGGCCACGCCGCGCGCCGAUUGGUGGCGUCCGGGGCUCUCCCUGCAGGUGACUGACGGCGCUGACCACCCGCGCCCGUCGCCCGCCAGCCGCCGCCGCCGCCCGCCCGGGGUGUGGAGCCCGGCCUCCGCUCGCGGGCUGCGCGUCUGCCGCUCCCGCCGUCGCCGCCCAGCCUCCGCCAUGGACCUGUUCGGGGACCUGCCGGAGCCCGAGCGCUCGCCGCGCCCGGCUGCCGGGAAAGAAGCUCAGAAAGGACCCCUGCUCUUUGAUGACCUCCCUCCGGCCAGCAGUACUGACUCAGGUACAGUCUCCAGGCUCUCCCAGGUGUGUGUCAACGUCUCUACUCAUCCUGGGAUUGUAGUUGUCUCAAUCUUUUUCCCUUUCCCCCAUUUUCAACACACAGAUGUUUUAGGUGUUGGACUGUCUUUAAGUUUUGAAUCCAUGGGAUCAGGAUCAGGGGGACCUUUGCUUUUUGAUGAUCUCCCACCUGCUAGCAGUGGUGAUUCAGGUUCUCUUGCCACAUCAGUACCCCAGAUGGUAAAGAAUGAAGGGAAAGGAGCAAAGAGAAAAACCUCUGAGGAAGAGAAGAAUGGCAGUGAAGAGCUUGUGGAAAAGAAAGUUUGUAAAGCCUCUUCGGUGAUCUUUGGUCUGAAGGGCUAUGUGGCUGAGCGGAAGGGUGAGAGGGAGGAGAUGCAGGAUGCCCACGUUAUCCUGAACGACAUCACCGAGGAGUGUAGGCCCCCAUCGUCCCUCAUUACUCGAGUUUCAUAUUUUGCUGUAUUUGAUGGACAUGGAGGAAUUCGAGCCUCAAAAUUUGCUGCACAGAAUUUGCAUCAAAACUUAAUCAGAAAAUUUCCUAAAGGAGAUGGCAUCAGUGUAGAGAAAACCGUGAAGAGAUGCCUUUUGGACACUUUCAAGCAUACUGAUGAAGAGUUCCUUAAACAAGCUUCCAGCCAGAAGCCUGCCUGGAAAGACGGGUCCACUGCCACGUGCGUUCUGGCUGUAGACAACAUUCUUUAUAUUGCCAACCUUGGAGAUAGUCGGGCAAUCUUGUGUCGUUAUAAUGAGGAGAGUCAAAAACAUGCAGCCUUAAGCCUCAGCAAAGAGCAUAAUCCAACUCAGUAUGAAGAGCGGAUGAGGAUACAGAAGGCUGGAGGAAACGUCAGGGAUGGGCGUGUUUUGGGCGUGCUAGAGGUGUCCCGCUCCAUUGGGGAUGGGCAGUACAAGCGCUGCGGUGUCACAUCUGUGCCUGACAUCAGACGCUGCCAGCUGACCCCCAAUGACAGGUUCAUUUUGUUGGCUUGUGAUGGGCUCUUCAAGGUCUUUACCCCAGAAGAAGCCGUGAACUUCAUCUUGUCCUGUCUUGAGGAUGAGAAGAUCCAGACCCGGGAAGGGAAGUCUGCGGUCGACGCCCGCUACGAAGCAGCCUGCAACAGGCUGGCCAACAAGGCGGUGCAGCGGGGCUCGGCUGACAAUGUCACCGUGAUGGUGGUACGGAUAGGGCACUGAGGGGUGGCGCGCGGCCAGGAGCACCCAUUGUAUUGACUUAAAAGGUUCAUUUUGUGUGUGUGUGCACAUUGUGUGUUUUGUGUACUCCUGUGGGACUCCCAUGGUUGUAAAUAAAGGUUUCUGUUUUUUUUUUUUU